UCUUAGGAAGUGUUUACAAAGCUGUACGAAAUUAGCCAACUAGCUUGCUAAAUUGAAGGAGCGUUACUUUAUCCGGCUAGCUAAGAUAUUGAGAUUGAAAUAUCUAAUUCUUAUAAUCCUAUCUGUGUGUAUUUCACUGUAGUUUUUAACUAACGAAUCGUGUAUGUGUGGUCUUACUGUAGAGCUGGUUAAUUGAGCUAACCGCUAGCUAGUUAGCUUUAAAGCUAAUUUAGCACAACUUAUUGCUAAUGUGAUGUGAACCGGUAGAACGCAGUCCGUUUAGCAGUUAACAUUUUAGGAUGUACACCUUGUUAUCGGGUCUUUACAAAUAUAUGUUCCAAAAGGACGAAUACUGUAUUUUAAUUCUUGGGCUCGAUAAUGCGGGGAAAACGACAUUUUUGGAGCAAACAAAAACAAAAUUCAGCAAGAACUACAAAGGAAUGAGCCUUUCCAAAAUCACAACCACCGUCGGUUUGAAUAUUGGCACCAUAGAUGUGGGUAAAGCACGUCUGAUGUUUUGGGAUCUUGGAGGACAAGAAGAAUUGCAGUCAUUAUGGGACAAAUACUAUGCAGAAUCUCAUGGCGUUAUCUAUGUUAUUGACUCUACGGAUGAGGAGCGCUUGUCUGAGUCAAAGAAUGCCUUUGAGAAAAUGAUUAGUAGUGAGGCUCUUGAAGGCGUUCCUCUCCUUGUGCUUGCAAAUAAGCAAGAUGUAGAGAAUUGCCUGUCUGUCCCUGACAUUAAGACAGCAUUCAGUGAUUGUGCUCCUAAAAUCGGCAAACGAGACUGUCUGGUCCAGCCCUGUACCGCUCUGACUGGUCAAGGGGUGAACGAAGGAAUUGAGUGGAUGGUGAAGUGUGUUGUCCGGAACAUUCAUCGUCCACCUCGACAUAAAGACAUUACAUAGAUCCCUGGUUCAAGAAGGGUGUGUGGGGAUGCGUGUGUGGGGAUGCGUGUGUGGGGAUGCGUGUGUGGGGAUGCGUGUGUGG